AUGGGAAGGAUGAGAUUUAGGGACACGCACUUGUUCAAUCUGGCCCUUUUGGGACGACAAGUGUGGAGGCUGGAAAAUUUCAAAGAUACGUUAUGUUUUAGAGUUUUGAGCGCCAAAUACUUCCCCAAAGGUGACGUGUUCAGACCAAAACGGAGUGAUAAACCGUCGUUUACUUGGAUGAGUAUUGCAAAAGCAGCGGCUGAGAUAAAAGAUGGUUUUAUGUGGCAGAAUCUGCUGACCAACAAUGAAAAUAAAGUUCAAGACUUGUGGGACCAGCAACAGAAGCUGUGGAAAAGAGGAAGGGUCAUGGAGCUGCUCGUUGAUGGAAGAUAUGAAAGAUGCAUCGAUUGGCUGAAAGAUACUUUUCGCGUGCUGGACUCAAAAGCUGCUGUAGAUUUUUUAAUGCUUCUCUGGAACGUGUGGAAUAAUAGGAACAAGCUGGUGUUUCAGGACAAAGACGAUCCGGCGAUGGGAACCUCCCGUGAUCCCCCCAAGCCGAUGUGUAAAUGUUGGACAAAACCACCGUGUGGGUUUGUUAAAGUCAACGUGGAUGCUGCGAUUUCUGAAGGGAGUAUAGGAUAUGGGGUGAUCGCCAGAGACACCGACAGUUUUGUCUUCGGUGGCAGCUAUGGCGUGAUUAAUAAAACCCUGGAUAUUAUUUGGGCGGAGCUGGAGGCUUUGUCCGCUGGACUGAAGUUCGAAGAAGCUAUGAAUUUUUCAAAAAUAAUUGUGGAGUCUGACAAUGCUCUUUUAAUUAACACGGUCAAUAAGCAUGAGGAUGAUGUAACCAUUUUAGGCUGUUGUGUCAACAAGGAGUGCAGGCUUCUUAAUAAUUUUGUUUCGGUCCGUUUUAAGUGGAUUGACCGCAAUAGUAAUGCCAUAGCAGAUUUAUUAAGUAGGCUUGCUAUUAGUAACAAUUGUACUUUGAAUUUUAAGUUGGAUUAUCCGUUGGGAAUCUACAAUGUUAUAAUUCGUGAUGCAAUGAAUUGA